AUGUCUUCGCUAUGCAUACUGAUGGCGAUUCAAAUAGCAUGCCGCAUUCAAGCAAUGCAUUGUGGAAAAGAGGCUGAAGACUCACAUCUAAGCCAUGAGUUCGAUGGGGUUGAGUCUCUGGUUCCAAACAACCUCAAUCGCGAGAUCCUGUAUGAAAGCUUUGUCUCGAUAGAAUCUGUCGUGUUUAUUUCCGAGAUGAACCAGUUUGAUCUGGGAAUGCUCGACAUGUUUAUCAAAAGGACUGUUCUGGCUGUCAAAAGCAUUCUGAUUGAAGAUCCUGCUGCAUUCUAUUUAUUUGCAGAAGAUGCAGGCACAGGCCUAGCUAAUGGGGCAAGAGGCGCAGGCAUGAACGAAAAGCUUGCACAAGCACUCGAUGAACGGAACAAGUACUUUACCAAAGAUAAGUCCAUGAUAGCAAGAAAUCUGUGGCUUGAUAAGUACAAUGCACUGAAGGCUCGGAUUACAGGGAAAGAGCUGGAUAUCUACUACGAGGACCAGAACAAGGAGUAUCUCAAGAUGAUGGAGAGGCUGACCAAUGCAAAACGCCAGGAUGACGGAGUAUCAAGGGCUAUAAGGCGUGAGAUGUUUGAGUUCUACAAGGAAAAGGUACCGAUGUCUGUAUCCAGAGUUCUUGACUCCAGGAUCAGUUUGAGCAUCGGAGGCCCUAUAUUUUCUCCCAAUGUUCUUGUUAGCUUGCUGAGGCAGCUUGAUGUGCCCAACAAGCCCGAAAUGACAAACGAGAUUGUUGCAAAACUUCUUGCACCGUCCGAGAAGUUGAUAACAAUGAUGCAGAAGAAGUCGUUUCCAGAGAGGAAGGCAUUGGUCCUGGACUUCCUUCAGAGCUGCUUGAUGCGGAGAGAAAGCAUAUUCAGGGACAGGAUCGAUAAGGCAUUUGAAGAACGAACAAAAAUACUUGAGCUCUACCUGAAGAAUGACAAAUCGCCGCAAGACAAGCUGAAGGCAUUUGACAAGCUUCAAGAAAAGGAGAUAUGCUCGCUGCAGUUUGUUUUCAAGAACAUUGAAGAAGAAGACCUAGUGCUAAGGCUUGACAAGCUUGUCAUAGAAGCAUAUACAGGUAUACUAGAAUCUGGCCAGGCCUCUGCAAAAGAUAUGCUGUAUGAGCUUUUCAAAGAGGUUUAG